AUGGAACUAAAAGCCAAUAUGAAGGGUCCAGCACCCCAGCAAAAGUUCUCCCCUGCUAAGAAAACACAAAAUAGAAAUCCCAAGUUAUCCAAAAUGACGGCAAUUUUCACAGUUUCUCCUUUACAGAUUAUCUUAUUUGCUCUAUUUUCAGUUUUCAUCUUAAAUCCCUCCCAUGCUGCAAGCACCGAAAGGGGAAGUAUCAAGUGUUAUCUUCCAAACAAUUUAAUGGAAUUUUGGAAAGAUGACGUAGAUCAAUCAGAACAAUUAAAAAAAUGUGCGUGGAAUAACUGGAUGAUGAGGUUGGAAUCAGAAUGGGAAAACUUCAACACAUCCAUGAAGAGCAAAAAGAACGUAUGGCUCCAAGAAACAGAACAAGAAUGGACCGAAUGGAUUAAACAAAUGGAAAAUAAAUGGAUGAAUUGUAAUGAGAAUAUUAAUGAUGAAUAUAAGGAUUAUCUUAUAUCAAAAUCUGCUACAUGGACUGAUGAAGAAUGGAAAGAAUGGAUAAAAACAGAAGGGAAAAACUUUAUGAAAACAGAUUUAGAAAAAUGGAUUAAAGCAAAAGAAACAUCAUUGGAUUUGUUACUAUUAACAGAAUGGGUCCAGUGGAAAAAUGAAAAGAUCAUGGCAUGGCUAUUGAGCGAAUGGAAAACUGAAGAAGACACCUACUGGUCACAAUGGGAACACUCAACAUGGCUUAAGUGGCUCAACUUGACCCAGAAAAAACAUUGGCUCAAAUGGAAAGAAAGAAAUCAUAGGGAAGGUGAACAAUGGUCUACUUGGUUGCACGUUAAAGAAAAUGUUUAUAUAUUUAGCGAGUGGAAUAAUUGGUCAAUAUGGAAAAAUGAAAAAGAAGAAUUCUUCUACAAAUGGAUGGAAGAUACAAUUAACGAGUGGAUAAAUGAGAAGAGGUGGAACACCUUGGUGAGCACAGAUAAUGACUCAUAA